GGACUUGGAGAUUUUUUCGACGUAACGUAUAGCGUCCUUAUAGACAUCGGCGGCACACCCUUGCCUGUUGUGCUAGACACGGGUUCCUCAGACCUCUGGGUACUAUCAACCAUGUGCCAGGGAACAUGCUCCUCUGAAAAUACGGCUCUUUACCCACCGAACACGUUUCACGAUAUGGGCCUGGAUGCCACCCUGGUGUAUGGCGAUUCGCAGACUGGUACGUAUGCGAGAGGCGUCAUUGGAUAUGACGCGGUGUCGCUCGCGGGCUUGACUUUGCAAGACCAGUAUUUCGCGGCGAUCAAUGAUACCAAUACUUCUGUGGUGCAGAGCAGGUGUUCUGGGAUCUUCGGACUGGGGUUUCCUCUCAACAGUGUUAUCUGGACCGAUCUGUUCCUGAAUCAACAUCGGGUUUCGAGACGACGAAGUCUUAAACGUGAGGUAGUCCCGCGUAUCGCUGUCGCGUGGAGAAAUUACGCAAGUCGCUGGUUUGAGAAGUCCACCCUCGGAAUUUCCUCGUCUCGACAUAUCGAUACUCCCUUUAAUCAAUCUAUGCAUCAACAGAAACGUCAGACAUCCACCAUCAUUUCUUCUUUUGGAGAAUCCGCUCCAUUCAUCCCUCGACUUGUUUCGCUCGGAGCGCUUGCCUUGCCCAUGUUUGCGAUUGCGCUGCAGCGAGAUACAAUCGAAAUCGGAGGGAAUGAAGGCAUGCUCUCCAUAGGCGGACUGCCACUUGGGGUCCAGAACGAGAGCCUGACGUGGGUUCCUGUGCGUAAAUAUACACUUCAACAAGGCGGCUUGAUCCAAGAUGCUCCUCUCGAGGCAUAUCCCAUUGCUUGGGAGAUCCCAGUGGACGAUGUCUUCCUUGACGGCGUGAAACUUCCGCGGUCACAGUUAUCUUCCCCUAAUAUAUCACUCUCAGCACUAAUAGACACAGGCAAUUCCCUGAUUCGCGGUCCGCCUGACGUCAUUUCGCACAUCCAGAACAUGCUGGGGGGACCUCACUUCGCCUGUUCAUCUCCUCAUACACUGACAUUCCAGAUCGGUGGCCGCCUGUUCCCCGUCGACCCAAGGGACUUCGUCAGCCAGGUGCGCUUGGGAAACGUAGAGGUGUGCGCGGCGAAUCUUGCACAGACUGAUGUGCCUGUUCUCGGUGGGGGUGGAUAUCUCUACAGCUGGAGUCUAGGGGAUCCGUUUCUGAAAGGCGUGCUCGCAGCGUUCUACUAUGGCUCUUUCGCAGGACCUUCGCAAGACCCUCCACGCAUUGGGUUCCUAUCUACCGUUCCUUCUGAUGCUGGCGAACAGUUAGAGGACACUGUAUCGGCUGCGGCUAUGGAACAGGACGAUCUUCCCGGGACAAAGGCAUCACCGCCAUCCUCCCUUUCUUCUCCAUGGAGCACCGGCAUCGGGGGAAUCCCUCUGGCAUCUCCACUCAGCACUGGUACCGGAGACAUCCCUGUGGUAUCUCCUCUCACUGGCUCUGCUCAUGAUGAUAGAGGCGGGAGCAGCCAACCUGGGCAGGCCAAUGGUGCACGAGAGGGCAUAAAGGUGGGCUCUGCCACCGCUUUGUGGAGUACAUUUGUUACUUUAGCGAUGUGGACAUUCUUGCAUUUUUGACAUUUUGUAGCCUAUCACAUGCGAUCCUCGAUUUUUUUUGGUCUGGCAUUGGAUCCCAAGACGCCAUCGAUUGACGAUUGUCAACAAUUGCAUGACAGAUUGAUGAAUCUGUUUCAUUAGGCCUCCUCGUCAUCUCAGUGCAAGUAUGGAUCCUUUUCUGCGUACUUAGAAUGGGAGACUGGAAAAUAUUGCAAGGGGUCCUCCAGAACC